AUGUUGGCAAACCCCUCAUACUCUGCUGAAAUGGAUUAUCAGCCCUAUCGCAAGUAUUCUACCAAUGGAGAUGAGUGCCAGUUUCAGGAUUUCAUGUCUGCUGAUUGGGCUUUGGACCAGGCAGACAUCAUUGCUGGAGACCCAGAGAUGCAUGGCUCAACUUUUGUGCCUGUCAUCCUUGGGAGUGACAAAAUGACAGUUUUGGUUGCAAUGGGAAAUAAUGAGUACUAUCCCCUCUAUCUCUCCAUAGGAAAUGUGCACAACAAUGUCCGACGUGUGCAUCAAGAUGCGGUCGCUGUCAUUGGGUUCCUCACAAUGCCUAAAAUAACAAAGGAACAUGCCGCAGAUGCGAAGUUUCACAAAUUCCAGCCAAGCAUGAUGAAGCCAGAGGUUGCUAAGUUUGGCAAUGGGCAUUUUUGGCGGGUGAUUUGUGGCUUGGGGCCAUACAUUGCUGAUUAUGAAGAACAAGUACUCCUUGCGUGCAUAGUACGCGGUUGGUGUGCGAGAUGUUGUGCAUCUUGUGAAGACCUCAAUACAGAUGCACUCAACUGA